GCGUUGCAUGGGGUUCCCCAACUUUCUUCCGCUCCUCGUGUGCGACCCGGGUCAGUAUCGCGCCUCCCCGGGCCGGCGCGCUCUCGAAUUUGGUCUCCGUAGUUCCCUCCAGAAGCCUGCCCGGGGCAGCGGCCGCCCGGAAAGGGAGCGAGUGCCUGGGCCCGCCCCGGGGUGCGGGUGACAGUGACAGCUCGGGAACGGCGAGGCGAUCGGAGCGGUCCCCCAGGCGGGCGAGGGGACCGGGGGCUCGCCCAAAGCCCCGUCGCAGCUGCCCCGCGAGGAGCCCCUGCCGGGACCCGCUCUGCGCCCCGGGCGGGCUCGGAGUUCGUGCGCCCUCUCCCCGCAGACCAUGGCGCGCUUCCUGAGGCUCUGCGCUUGGCUGCUGGCCCUCGGGCCCGGGCUCCUGGCGACGGCGCGGGCGGAAUGCGGGCAGGACUGCGCGACGUGCAUCUACCGCCUGGCGCGCCCGACCGACCUCAACCCGCUGGCUUGCACACUGGAAUGCGAGGGGAAACUGCCUUCUCUCAAGACCUGGGAAGCCUGCAAGGAGCUUCUGCGGCUGUCCAAGCUGGAGCUCCCUGCAGACGGCAGCAGUGCCCUCGGCAAACAGCAUGAGCAUCACUUCCUCGCCAAGAAGUACGGGGGCUUCGUGAAGAGGAAGAUGGAUGAGCUGUAUCCCCUGGAGCCGGAGGAGGAGGCAGAUGGAGGUGAAAUCCUUGGCAAGAGAUACGGGGGCUUCAUGAAGAGGUACGGGGGCUUCAUGAAGAAGAUGGAUGAGCUGUAUCCCCUGGAGCCGGAGGAGGAGGCAGAUGGAGGUGAAAUCCUUGGCAAGAGAUACGGGGGCUUCAUGAAGAGGUACGGGGGCUUCAUGAAGAAGAUGGAUGAGCUGUAUCCCCUGGAGCCGGAGGAGGAGGCAGAUGGAGGUGAAAUCCUUGGCAAGAGAUACGGGGGCUUCAUGAAGAGGUACGGGGGCUUCAUGAAGAAGAUGGAUGAGCUGUAUCCCCUGGAGCCGGAGGAGGAGGCAGAUGGAGGUGAAAUCCUUGGCAAGAGAUACGGGGGCUUCAUGAAGAAGGAUGCGGAGGAGGACGACGCCAUAGGCAAUCCCUCCGGCCUGCUGAAGGAGCUGCUGGGAGCGGGGGACCAGCGAGAAGGGGCUCCCCACCAGGAGGGCAGGGAUGACGCAGACGUGAGCAAGAGAUACGGGGGCUUCCUGCGAGGCUUAAAGAGAAGCCCCCAACUGGAAGACGAAGCCAAGGAGCUGCAGAAGCGGUACGGCGGCUUCAUGAGAAGAGUGGGUCGCCCGGAGUGGUGGAUGGACUACCAGAAGCGGUACGGCGGCUUCCUCAAGCGCUUUGCAGAUUCCCUGCCCUCCGACGAAGAAGGUGAAAGUUACUCAAAGGAAGUUCCCGAAAUGGAGAAAAGAUAUGGAGGAUUUAUGAGAUUUUAAUCGCCUUUCCCAUCAGUGAGCCCAGGCCCCAGCAAG